AUUUUUUUUAUUUUUUUAUUUAUUUUUGUUUGUUUAUUUAAUUUAAACCAAAAAUAUUAGGGACAUUUUACCUUUUAAUGAAUGUCAUUUUUGUGACUUUCUCCUUCUAGUGUUCUUUUUGAAACAUAAACUUCAAAAGGUGCUAUUAUUGACAAUUGCCCUUAUUUAUGUUGAAAUUUCUACAAAAGUGAUGUUGUAUAUUGUAUAGUAAUAUCAACUUAAAUUUAUAACGCAUGAUGAAUGACUACUAGUUUUUACUUUUUUCAGACAUUCUAUUUACAAUAUUCUCUGAUCUUCAAUACUCUUCUUUUUCAAAGUAAUAUGUUUAUUUCUAUUGGGCUUUGUAAUUUAAGGCAUUUUUCGUAAUAAAAACUUCUUAAAAUUUAAACCUGUUGUAGUCAACUAUUUUGAUCAAGAUCUUAUAUAUCUAAACUUGUAAGUACCAAGAUUUUUUUUCUGGUUAUUGAAAAUUAUGUCAUAUGUGUAUAUUAGAUUUUCACCAAAAGCCAAUUAAUUCAUAUACUCUACAGUUAUGGAAUAAGAUAUUGUUUUCUGAUUUUCUUAAACUUAUAGAAACGUAUAUUGCUAGGUCAAAUUACUCAGAAAAAAUAUUGUGAUACUCUACAUCUUAGGUGGUGUUAUUGGUUAUAUAAGUUAAAAUUAACUCUAUUAGAUUUCAAAUAGGUUAGAUUUUUUUUUUUAAUUCAUUUACAAUCUAAGAUACAUGAUUUACUUUAUUUAUUUUAAAUCUUUGUUGAUGUAUUUAUAAAUUCAACAUAAUAUGAUUUGAUUUCUAUAACAGAAUUACAAUUUAUUCAAGGAUUUUAAAUUGAAUUGUAAUUCCAAAGUUUAAAAACUAUAAAAUAUAUGUUCAAGAAAACGAUAUUAUCAUAAGAUCGCCAUUAAUACACAAUGAAAAUGAUGUUUUAUAUUCAUUAUUAUGAGUGAAAAAUGUAAUAUCAUAUAGCAUAUCUGAAGUAAGAUAGGGGAAAAAAUCCCAAUUUGAUGAAUAUAAUAGAAAAUCUGGGUUUAGUCAACAAUGAAAUCAAUUUUCUAGGUUUGAUCAAAUGACUGAUAUAGAUGAAAUAUUCAGAUGCUAAUUUUAUAAACAAAAUGGGAGACACUGACUUCAUAAAAAACUGUUUAUAUAUUUUCUGAAUACAAAGAAUUUGAUUUAUUAAAGUGAGAAAUGUUGCCACUAGAUGAGUACUUUCAUCACGUCAUGUUUCUUUUUUCAUUUGAUUCUUGGUUUUAACUGAAAAUGUUUAUAAAAUUAUGAGGUAUUACGUCAGAUUUUGACUCCUAUAGUUUACACAUAAAUUUGUAUCCAAAUCCAUCGAAAGUAUUUCAAGUCAAAGGAAUUAAUUUUUUUUUAUCAAACAUGAAUAACACCAAAUUUUAAAUCUUGUCUUUGAAUCUUAAAUUGAAUAACAAUAUAUUUUAAAUUCUUUUAAUGAAAAGAUUGUAAAUACAGUAACCAAUGACACAAGAUUAUGAUAAAAGAUUUAAUAUCAAUCAUUGAAUGACACUAGAUUAUAAAACCAAAUGAAUUAACUUUAAAUCUCUACUAACCGAUAACACCCCUUUAGUAUUUUGCUAGGUCAAAUUACUCAACGGAUUUGGCAAGCUAAAAUGGUCAGAGUCAAGAGCUGUAAAAAAAAAAAAAAGGCCAGAGUCAAGAUUUCGUUCUUAUUAAUUAGUGGAGCGAUCAUCGUUUGUAUUUAAUAUAUAUAUAUAACCACCUAUGCAUUGCUUUUCAGUCAAUAUCUACAGCACUUUCUUAUAACAAAAGCAAAAGAUUACAAACAAUAACAUACAACAACAAAAAUAUGAAGAGCUUUUUGGUAGCGUUUCUUCUCGUGCUCGUCAUCUUCUCUGCUGAGAUGGAAGUAGGAAACGCAGGGAUGAUUCCCAUGCCGCCUUUUCCCUCAGGAAAAUGGUGUGGAUAUUCAAUACCAAUGAAACCAUGCGACAACGAUGUUUGUGAUAAAACUUGUAUUAAACAAAACACACAUGGUUGGCGUGAUACUCAUGGCAUGUGCACUGAUAUUCCAAGCCUUAAAGAUUGUUAUUGUUCCCAUAGCUGUUAAAUUCUUCCACAUAAUCGACCAUUUUUGAUGUUUUGAUCGUUACAAUAUAAUAAACACUUCAAAGAUCGUUACCACACAUAUCCGCAUCUAUAUUUUGGCAACUCAACUUUUGGUUAAUCUUCAUAAUUUUGUUCAAAACAGCAGAUUCCUUCUAGUAACAUUUAAUUAGUCUACAAUUUUGAUGAGUACCUAUGUCCGGACACAAAUGUAUACUGGGCUUUAAUAAGCAUAGUAUGUUUGUCUCGAUAUAUCUAUCAAAUUCAAUGAUUCAAUAAUACUAAAUCACAUUUGGGUUUUAUGCAUUGCAUGGCAACCCAAGACUAACCCGAAUCGAUACAGCUUAGUUAACAGUUUCUUCACAUAGAAUUAUUAAACUAAAUUGAAUUCAGAUCGGAACAUUUUCGUACCAAAGAAGUUAGCUACAUAAGAAUUUUAUACUACGAAUUUAAGCUUUUGUUAUAUAUUUCUUCUAACGCAAUUAUAUAAUAUUUUUCUGACUUAUUUUGUUCCAGGGUUCUUUUUUGAGUCUUUGACCUUUUGAGUAUUCGUUUCUCAUUUGUUAAUAGAUUAACAAGACUUUUAAAUACGAUGAAAUUGAAAGUUUGAGUUGAAUCCAGUAUUCUAGAUGAUUUGAUAUUUUCUGAUGUUCAAACUUGAGGAGACUUCGCUAUUAGAUUUGCCUUUGAUAUAUAAAAAUAAUUAUCUUAAAUUUGCAUGUUUUGAAUGUUUAUGGUGGAUGAAACAACGUAAAUAUAUACAGAACUAAUGAAAUUAGAGCAAACCAAGCAUAGUUGGUAGUACAAACAAAGAAUACCAAUAAAAUAAAUAUCUGUCGAUAAUAGACAAGAACAAUCAAUCGUAAUUUUUAGGGUAUCAAUCAAUCCUAUGAUUCUAUAAUAAAAUAUUAAUUAGUUGUACGUUAAAUCAUUCAUAAAUUUAUUGUCAAUACUAAUUAUGUCCAAGCAUAUCAUAUCAAUAACAAUCACCAUUAUUUUUGUUUGUCAGCUAAACGUUAUUAUUCAUGUCUCAAUUUAAAUAAUCGAUGUAUAUAUUACAGAGAUUAGAUGGAUAGUUGGAUCCAUUCAUAUGCCUGGUUAAUUUAAUAUUAUUCGUUAAGCGACAACGAUGCAAAUUUUGUCAGUAUCUUAAUAAAACUAAUUUUGUUUUAUUAGUAGUAUUUUAUUGAGGUUAGGUGUUGUGAACUUGUGAUUACUUUUUGGAUUACCUUUACUUGUGACUUCCGUACGGGCAACCACGGAAUCACCAGCGAAGUAGUCAUAUUAAACAAGGUCCAAUUUAAUAAUUAAAGUUAUUGGCAGUAGAGUUAAUCCAAUAUAGUAAUCUGUAUAAAGAUUUUAAAAGAGAAAAUCAAUACCAAUGAAAAUAAAACUUUAUGAUAAAGUUUAAUGGUGUGAGGAAAAGGCCAAAGGGAUAAGAUUUGUGGUUGGUCUGAUUCAUUAUCACAACCAAGUCUUAUUUGCUUUUUUUCAUUUAAAAGGCUAUGAUGAUCGUGCAUGUCUUUGUAUUCACCCACAUGCACAUGUGUGUUCUUCAUCUAAAACUAUAUGGCCCCCAGGCCCCCAUCGGUCUCUUGUGGUUUAUUAAAUAGAUACUGUGAUUUUUUUGGCCGUUUAAUAGAUGUGAAUUUGUCUCGUUUCCUAAACAAGGUUUACUAGUCUAAUGGUUGAACCGUUGAAGUGAUAUUAAAAUUCACGUAGACUUGUCUCGUUUCCUUCUGAUGUAAACAAGGGUUUACUAGUCUAAUGGUUGUAGAGGAUAUACAAAAUAAUGAUCAAAAUGAAGUUUAGUUAUGAAAACAACUAGAAGCAUAAAAAUUACUCUGAAUAUAUUUAUGGUAUGGCCAUGAAAUUUUGAAGACAAUAAACGUUUUUAUAAGAAUUUUAAUAAAAAUACUUUUAACAAUUUAGGAAUCUAUAACUAUGUAUAUUACUUCUAUAAAAAUUGUGGACUGAGACUAAUGUUUCAACAAGCUUUGUCCAGAUCCAAUCAUGGUCACGGCGUUCAGAAUGUGAUCAAGAGACUUUAUUUACAUGGCACGAUUAAUACCGUUUAUUUCAAGGCAUAAUAACAUGUAGUAUAUGGUCGAAAGGACUUAUAUUAUUGUUGAAAUAUGAUCAUUUAAAGUUUGAAAAAAACUAUAAAGUAAAUCUGAAUUUAGUUAUAAUUAUUGCUCAAUGUACUAUAUAUGAUUUAUAUUUGAGUUGAUAUAUGGUCAAGAGAGAGUGUGAUAACGCAGGCAACUUGACACGUGGACAAACUAGCCAUUGUUGCCUCUUUCGGAACAUCCAGUCGACAAGCUAAUGUAUUGUCUCGCUGUCUCUAAUCCCAGAUUAGGUUUUCAUUUUAACUGUUUCUGUUAAAAGCUUCUUAUGGUAAACAUUAGUACUUAGUUAUGUAGCACUGUUGUUUUAUGGUAGAAGUAGGCUACUCGUUAAGAUAUAGUUGGCAUAGGUUAUAGAUAGCUUUGUAAUUGUUUAAUGGGAGAAGGGGGAUCUCAAUGUUUUCAAAAAGGACCCGAAACUAAACCGAAUAAUUAUAUGAAUCAGGAUUUAAUAUAAUUCACAAUAUAUAUAUUUAUAUAUUUUUAAUCACUGACAAAAAAAUUAAAAAUAAUUAUAGUAAAUAUGAUACAUAAUUUAAAAUAUAUAAAUAUCAAAUAUAAAGCACUGAAAAUAUUAAUUAGUUUUUGUUUAUAUGACUAAUGGAUUUUUUAUAAUUUUAAUAAUUUUAUUCCGGUUCAAUGACUUUAAAUUUAAUCCGGUUAUAUGAUCGAUUUAUAGUUGAAUCUGGUCUAACCAUCGGGUCGUUCUAGUUUUAUAAAUAUGGGGAUGUAUAUACACACACAACAAUAAAUCGUUGCAGCUAGACUUCUAGCUUCCUACGGAGUAGUUUAGACCAUGAACCGUUGCUAGUUGCUACUACUGAGACUUUUAUAACAGUUGACAAAAGAAAAAACAAGAGAGAGAGAGAUAUGAACUGUAGAUAUUUUGUUAUAGUUUACCCUUUGUGGACCACCGUCCCGCAAGAAACGCGUACCGUCUUUGUCUUUCUCUCACGAGGUGGUUGUAUUUCUCUGUAAUAACCAAUCAAAAGAAAGAAAAAAAAA